UCUACCAGUGGUAUUACAGCCUCCAGCAGCUUCUUCUUCUUCUUCUGCGUUCUUGUUUCUUGAUUUUCUUUCAGUCUUUGCUUCAUCUCUCCUGGUCUGCGGUCGCAGAGAACUUAUUCGGCUCAGUUAGUCAACGACUGCCGUUCAAAGUGCACAGGGGAUUUGCUUCCAUCCGACACGACACGGGCCACAACACCGGUCAACAUUUCAACUAAUUCAGCUCGGGAAAACGGAAGGUUUUCAUCGAUCGACUCCGGGCGGAACCGACCAACCGACCGACCGACCGCCUUGAAGCAAACGCCAACCAACAACCAGAAGGCAGGACAUUAGCGAGCGAAAAGCGAGUCAACUGUUAUAGACUUUUUAUACUCCAUCGAUAAGGGCAUUAAAUCAAAGAAGAAAGGAAACGACGACGACGUGGCCAUGGAGGCGGAAGCGGGACAAGUGGGCAGGAUCGGUUGCCUGCUGGUGAUGAUCCUUGUGCUGUGCGCUGCCGGAAUCGAAACAGCGUCCGGGCACCGUCACCACGUCAGUAAUAGCAACCACAGCCAUCAUCAGCAAGGGGGCAUCGCCAGCAAAUCCCGGCCGUUGACCAAAACCGAUUCGUCGAUCAAUCAACAACAUCAAGGCCCCAUGAUGACAAUCAAGAGUCUGGCCAGUUCUGGGACGGGCGAGAGAAGAGUCCGAAAGAGGAGCAAAUGGUUACAGUCGACGACGUCGUCGGCGCCAUCAUCUUCGUCAUCGUCGAUGAGUCAUCACUUUAACAAGGAUAGCACGUUUCUCAAGCGUAUCGUGACCGAAGUGAUAGCCGAGCGAGACGCCCAGAUAGCCGCCGCCCUCUUUGAGGUGGCCAAAAACCAACCUCACCUUCAAAUGAUGGUCCAAACGUUAGGUGAACUGAGCCAGAGCAAUCAACGGCUGGAAUUAUCAUCCACUAGACUUGAUGAAACCCAAAGAAGACUCGACAGCCGCCUAGGUGUCAUCAGCGAAAAGAUGACGCUGCUCGAGACGCGACUCGGCCAGACGGAGCGACGAAUCGAGCGUGAAAUGACCCAAAUCCACAGCAAAAUGGACGACGUGUUUCGCAGCAUCCCGGAUAAGUCCCCUGAAGCAUUGAUGAGAGGAAUGAAACAGAUCCAGGAUCAGCUCAACGUGAUCGAAGAGAUCCUUCUGGAAAGGAGUCCGGCAUCCAAUCAGAUCCGCGGUAAAAAUCGACACCAACAUAACGGCAAAGCAAACCAAGGACCCUCUUCGGUGGAGUUACAGAAAGUUGGAAAUAGCCUGUCGCAAGCUAUCGCUGCAGCACACCUCGAUCUCGGCCGAGCGAUCCGUGAAGCCGAGAGUAACUUGGAUCACCAGCUCUCCAUGCUGGCCAGCGACAAUGGCGUGUUUUCGUGUGCCAUCUCCAAACUCUUGGACCGUGACGCGAUUCUCUUCCAUCAACGGGCCAGUCAAGUUGGAUCGGCCGCCGAGGAACUGCUUUUGGCGCCACUCCAGUCUGUUGACAUCGAUCCGGCUGGCAACCUGACUCUAGGACGUCAACUCUUGGAGGGCAACAGCAUCCAAACGGCCGAUCUUCUGACUUUUGACCAGCUGGCCAACAAUUCCACCAAGUGCCUUCUCAAGUGCCCUUAAAAGAAAUCAAUCCACCAUGUUUCAACUUAGAUAUCUCUCCCCGACCCCACCCCACCCUCACAUCCUUCCGCCUUUUCAUAUAGGCAAGAAUCUACCAACUUGUUCAUCAUUAGAAACUCACGUAACUACUCACACAAAAAUGUCAUUUCGCCCUCUCUUCCCACCGUGCAAACGAUAAUGUAACAAACAUAUUUUAUAAUGGAGAAUUCAUGUGCACUGAAAUCUCAGUUCAUCGAUUGUAUCAGCAAUUCCUUUACUCUCUCUCUCUCUCUUCCUUCUUCCUCUUUCUUUUGUCAUCUCUCUCUCAAGUUGCCUACAGAGAGUUCAAAAAUAAACCGAAUUGAUUUCGUGCCUUA